GACAGUGUUGGAAAACAGCGCUGUUUACGUGGCAGCUGAAAGAGCAAAAAAAUCGAAUUGGGGAACUGACGUGGAAGUUCGUUUAGCUCGAAAUUAUUUUUGUUUUUCAACCAGCGACUCGUGCGCCGCGGCCGUCGACAGUUGUGGUCAACACCGAGUGGCCCAAACCGAGGAGUUAGUGGUCAGGAAUCCGGCCGAGCAGCACCCGUAAUUACCAAAUUGCAGUGGCGAACUUUGAGCCAACCCGUGUUUUCUCUCCGAUUCGCGUGAAAGUUGUUUGGUGAUUUAGCUGUUUAGCCCUUACUUUGUUAUUACGAGUGAUUAAUACGGCCAAGAAAUGAAUCCGAAUAUGUACGGGGCACCGCCCACGCAGUUCCAGCAGCAACAGCCUCAGUUUGGGGCUCCUCCGCCGAUGUCCGGAUGUUGGCCACCACCACAGCAGCAGCAACAGCAACAACAACAACAACAGCAGCAGCAACCACAACAACAACUGCCUCCGCCGCAGCAGCAACAACAACCACAGUAUGGAGCACCACCACCAACAUCAUCAGCGGCACCACAGUCUUACCUCAAUGGCAACUACCAACAGCAGUUGGCCACGUCAAUGGGCGGUUUGAGUGUGGGUGGAGGAGGUGGCGUCAAUCCCCUGAAGCCACCACUCCCACAAGGAGCUCCCCCCACUGCUGCUGCUGCUGCUGCUGGACCUCCGCCAACCGGUUUCAAUCAGUUCAACGCUAAUGCGGUACCACCUCCGACCAACAACAACAAUGCUGCAUUCGGCGCCCCACCGCCGGUUAGUACUGGUGAUUAUGUCAACGGAGCACUUCCGCCCAGCAGCACACCACAGAGCGUGGCCAGUGGGAUUAAUCAGAUGAGCUUGAACAGCGCCAGUUUGGCGGGAUUGCCGCAUAUGCCGCCUCCGAAAACUGCAACGCCCGGUCAGCCCCCGGUGCCGGGAGCAGGUUCUUCUGUUCAGCCACCUCUACCUGGGCAGCCACCACUUCCCGGUCAGAUUCCCACAUCCCAGCCUGCUGCCGGUCCCUUUGGAGUGCCCAGCUCACGACCGGGACAACCCCAGCUUCCCCCUGGGUCAGCCCCGCCCACUUACACGCAACCUGGACUGCCGUCCCAGCAGCAGCAGCAGCAAGGAAUUCCGCCACUGCAGCAACCGGGUUUACCACCACAGCAGUCGGGAUUUCCCCCACAGCAGCCUGGUCUGCCACCGCAACCGGGAGCUGCUUAUGGAGCACCCCAACCAGGAGGCUAUCCAGGUGGCUACCCAGGACAGGCUCCCGGCGGAGGCUUCCCUGGAGCGCCUCCUCUGCAUCCAGGACAGCAGGCAGCAGCUCCGCCACAAUUCGGGGCCCCACAAGCGGGAUAUCCAGGUCAGCAGCAGGGCUAUCCUCCGCAGCCGGGCCAGCAGCCGAUGCCAGGAUAUCCACCACAGCCGGGACAGCAGGCUGGAGCGCCAGGAUAUCCACCGCAGCCAGGUGGCGGCUUUCCAGGCCAGCCAGGACGUCCUGGCUUUAAUCAACCUCCAAUGCCAGGGGCAGGUAACAUGUAUCAGCAGGCACCACAGCCACGUCGCCUGGAUCCCGACCAGAUGCCCAAUCCCAUCCAGGUGAUGCUUGAGAACCAACGUCUCGCUGGCGGACCUUUUGUAACCAAUCAGCCUGGUUUGCUGCCCCCAUUGGUGACCACCAAAUUCGUGGUUCAUGACCAGGGCAACUCUUCGCCGCGCUUCCUGCGCGCUUCGCUCUACUCCAUCCCCAAUACCGGAGAUCUUCUCAAGACCACGGCGCUGCCCUUGACGCUGAACAUCUCUCCUUUGGCCAGGACUGCUGAGGGCGAAAUGGAGCCACCGAUCGUGAACUUCGGUGAUAUGGGACCCAUUCGUUGCAACAGAUGUAAGGCUUACAUGUCGCCCAACAUGCAGUUCGUGGAUGCUGGCCGGCGGUUCCAGUGCCUCAUGUGCAAGGUUACCACGGAGGUUCAUCCGGACUACUACCAGCAUCUGGAUCACACUGGACAGCGGGUGGACAAGCAUGAGCGACCUGAGCUGCUGCUGGGCACCUACGAAUUCCUGGCCACAAAGGACUACUGCCGGAACAACACUCCCCCGGAAGUUCCCGCCUUCAUUUUCAUCAUCGACGUCUCGUACAAUACUGUGAAGUCGGGUCUGGUUCAUCUGCUUUGCGGCCAAAUCAAGAACAUACUCAAGCAUUUGCCUGUGGACCAGGGUCAAGAUAAAUCCAAAGUGCGAGUGGGUUUCAUCACAUACAACAGCACCGUGCAUUUCUACAACAUCAAGAGCAGUCUGGCCCAGCCGCAAAUGAUGGUGGUGGGCGAUGUUCAGGAGAUGUUCAUGCCCCUGCUCGAUGGAUUCCUGUGUCAUCCCGAAGAGUCGGCAGCUGUAAUCGAUGCUCUGAUGGAGGAGAUCCCUCGCAUGUUUGCCGAUACCAAGGAAACGGAGACGAUUCUGUACCCAGCCAUUCAGGCUGGAUUGGAAGCUCUCAAGGCAUCGAAUGCAGCUGGAAAGCUGCUGGUGUUCAACUCCACGCUGCCCAUUGCUGAGGCACCGGGCAAACUGAAGAACCGCGACGACCGCAAACUUCUGGGCACGGAUAAGGAGAAGACCGUACUCACCCCGCAAACCACGGUUUACAAUCAACUGGGCCAGGAGUGCGUCCAGCAGGGCUGCUCAGUGGAUUUGUUCGUGUUCAACAACGCCUACAUUGACUUGGCCACCAUUGGACAGGUUGCCCGGUUGACUGGUGGCGAGGUGUUCAAGUACACCUACUUCCAGGCGGACGUGGACGGCAAGCGACUGAUCGAGGAUAUCAUUAAGAACGUAUCACGACCGAUUGCCUUCGAUGCGGUGAUGCGUGUGCGCACAUCGGCGGGCAUUCGACCCACAGAGUUCUUUGGCCACUUCUUCAUGUCCAACACAACGGAUGUGGAGCUGGCUAGUAUUGAUGCCAGCAAAUCGGUGAGCAUUGAGAUCAAGCACGACGACAAGCUGCCGCCGGAGGAGAAUGUGUACCUUCAGGUGGCCCUGCUGUACACCUCGUGCAGCGGACAACGGCGUCUGCGUGUCCUGAACCUGGCAUUGCGGGUGACCACCACCAUUGCGGAUGUCUUUAAGAGCUGCGACUUGGACGCCAUGAUGCUGUUCUUCGCCAAGCAGGCCUGCUUCAAACUGAUGGAGCAUUCGCCCAAGCAGGUGAAGGACAACCUGAUCCAUCGAUCGGCCCAGAUCCUCGCCUGCUACCGCAAGCACUGCACCUCGCCCACUUCCGCCGGCCAGCUCAUCCUACCCGAGUGCCUCAAGCUGUUGCCGCUGUACGCCUCGUGUCUGCUCAAAAACGACGCCAUUUCCGGUGGAUCGGACAUGACGCUGGACGAUCGAUCAUAUGUCAUUCAGUUUAUCCUGUCCAUGGAUCUGAAUCAGUCCGUCAGCUAUCUGUAUCCCCGUUUUAUUCCCAUCCACAAUGUGGUGCCCGAGGAGACGGAUCUGCCGACUCCCGUUCGCUGCACACACGAAAAGACUCAGGAGGAUGGCGCCUAUAUUCUGGAGAACGGAGUGCACCUAUUCGUCUGGCUAGGCCAGUCAUUGUCGCCGAACUUUGUGCAGGCUGUCUUUGGCGUCCAGGGAUUGCAACAGCUUGCCUUGGAGCGGUUCAAUAUCGUGCCGGAGACGCCGCUGGCCAAGCGCAUACACGGCAUUCUGGAGCAGAUUAUGAAGGAGCGAUCGCGAUACAUGAGGAUCACCUGGUUGCGGCAAAAUGACAAGCUGGAGAGCGUUUUCCGGCACUUCCUCGUCGAGGAUCGGGGCACGGAUGGCUCGGCCAGCUACGUGGAUUUCCUAUGUCACAUGCACAAGGAGAUCAAGGAUCUGCUGAGUUAGCACGCCGGCUACUCCGGCGCAUACAAGCCCGAGCAGCGGUGGGCGGACAGCUAUUCCCAAAACAGGGCUCGGAUGCGUCGCCUCUCGUCCAUGCGCAGUCGCCUCGGCAAGUAAAAGGAGCAAAAAGAUCUGGAGCUGGAUCUGGGACAGCUGGAAGAACUUCAAUUAUAUUUACAUAAAAAUACAUAUACAUAUAUAUUAAUUAUUGGUUAUCAUUUCGAACGUAUCAAUUCUUCCAUUAAUUUUAUUAAAGUUUUCACAUUUUUGCAUUGUUUUACUUUUUAAUAUAUAUAUAUAUAUUUAUAUGUAUUUUUUGAACGCUACUCCUAAAAUGAAACAUUUGUUAAACGAGGCAACUGCAAAAUUAAUUAGCAAAAAUUAUUCUCUUAUCAAUUCCAUAAAUG